AUGCCUCUUCAAGAAUUUAUCGAGUUCUACCAGAAACACUUGAACUUAGACCCCACUGACCUUCAAAAAUUCACAGACUCUAUACAAAGCCCACUUUCCUCCGCGUUUAGAAUUACUCCAACCCAGCAUAGCAGUCAAAUCAAGGAAAGGCUUGAAAAGUAUAAAUUUCUCAAAAAAAUUCAGUUUUUGGAGGACGUGUACACUUUUGACUUAAAGGCGCAUAAAAAUACUGAUGAAUAUACAGAGUUUAUUGAACUUCUUGUUGCUCAGACUGAUGUUGGCAACAUUCAAAGACAGGAAGUUGUAAGCCUUCUUCCCCACAAGUUUCUACAGCUUAAACACUCGCAUCGUGUCCUUGAAACUUGCGCUUCUCCCGGUAGCAAAACCAAAAAUUUGCUUGAAAACAUCACAGAUGGAAUAUUGAUUUCGAAUGAAAAAUCAAGCUCAAGAGUUAAUAUUUUAAUAAGCGAAUCAGCAAAGAAGGCCACGCCAAGUUUCAUUAUUACCCAGAUGGACGCUGCCCAUUUUCCGACCUUAAACUUCAAAUUUGAUAGAAUUUGCUGCGAUGUGCCCUGCUCCAGCGACGGUACCUGCAGGAAGAACCCUGCAAUUAUGCCCAAGUGGAAUGUCAAUGAUGGUAUUGGAUUGUCUUCUAUUCAGCUUCGUAUUCUAAAGAGAUCCUUGGAGCUUCUCAAAGAGGGUGGAAUACUAGUUUACUCUACCUGCUCCCUGAAUCCUAUUGAGAAUGAGUGGGUUAUUCACAAUGCAAUCCGUGACAACCCGAACUAUGAGCUAAUCAACAAUUUUGACUUCAUACAGUAUGUGGAUAGUUGUGCUGUGAAGGCAUCUGAUAAUUCUAAGAUAAAUGUCAGAAGGGGGUUGGUUGAAUUUGAAUAUAAGCAGUUUCAUUUUAAAAACGAGCAUCUUUCAAAGUGCUUCAGAAUAUUACCACACGACCAAGAUACUGGUGGAUUCUUUAUAGCUGUUAUUAAGAAAGUUGCUGACAGCUGUUCAAAGGUAUUUCAGCCUGUCAAUGUCAUAAAUCCUAGAUUUGUAGAGGUUGACAGCUCAAUAGAGAGUAAGAUUAAGAAAUGUUACGACAUUUCCAAGUGCAAUUACCACUUUGUUUCGUCCAAUUUGGGCUUUAAGAACAUUUUUGCUGUUUCUGAUCUCUGCUACAGCAUUCUCUGCAACAACCCAAAGCUAAAAGUAUCGUAUGCAGGCAUAAAAGCAUUUACCCACUUUGAUAUUGACAAAGAGAAAUUUAGAGCCAAAAGCCCAUUUUUAGAGAUUUCAAAUAUUUCCACUGACUUUACACUGAGCCUUGAAGAUUUCAAAAAACUGUUGGAGUCCAAGCAUAUUCCACUGGAUAAGCUCGGCAUAAGGCCUGCAGGACUAUUCUCCUGCAAGGUUGAAGGCACCGAUUUGAGGUUCUGUGGGUUUUCAGGCGGAAUGAAGGUAUUUUUAUAUAUCGAUGAUAACCACAGAAAAGCUUAUUCGCAGUUAUAUUGCGUAUCCAAUAAACAUAUAUGUUAG